AUGAAGAAAUUCGAUCAUGACGAAUCCGGAACUAACCACACACGUUUUCGCCGCCAGACAGCCAAAACGUAUGCCAUGCAUGACUGCUUUUACAAGGAAGAUCUCUCCUACUUUGUUCUUCACCUUGGAAGGGAUCCAAUAUCGACUACCGCUGGAGACGAUCUGGAGAAUGGCCUUCGCAUCCCCUUGAGGGAAAUGACCAUGGUCACCGCUGAAGAGACAAGAGGUUCCGAACGUGACCCGCUUAGCAGCACGAGAGAUGCUGCUACAAUCUCUCCCGCCCCUCAGAAUAGGCCGCAAUCACACACCUCGAGCGCGAUACACGGGGUGGACUUUGUGGGUACACUAGUGCCGUGGCCAAAUUUCGAAGGUGACACUAUUGCCGCCUAG